GUCUUUGUGUCGGAUUGGCGCUAGAUUGGGCACACCACCCCCACCCUCCCUCCGUGUCUAUACCAUCCCGAACCUCUCCCAUCUACCCCUAAAACACCACCCUUCCCCUGCGUACAUUUCAAAACAAGAGUCCGGUGGCAUCAGCAAGACUCGCACCUCUAGUCUUCUACUUAACAGGAAAUCCAUGAUCCACUGGCAGAUGGGAUUUGGCACCAACAGCUGGGACAACUUAGCCUGCAGCAGUUCUGGCACUAUAGUGUUGAAUGUUGAGUCCACAAACAGAACCCUAGUCUGGGUCAAAAAGAGUCGCAGUCAGUGGGCAUCUCUGUUCCAGCAGGUCCAGCUUUGUGACAAAAGAACCCUUGCCUACCACCUCGAAGUUACUCUUCAUUCAAGCUGUCAUUAUGGACUCCAGUGUGAUAGAAGGAGGGCUCAAUGUCACCCUGACCAUCAGAGUACUCAUGCAUGGCAAGGAAGUUGGAAGCAUAAUCGGCAAGAAAGGUGAAUCUGUGAAGAAAAUGAGAGAAGAGAGUGGUGCACGGAUCAACAUUUCAGAAGGCAACUGUCCAGAGAGAAUUAUCACCCUUGCAGGCCCAACCACUGCCAUCUUUAAAGCAUUUUCAAUGAUAAUUGAUAAACUAGAGGAGGACAUCAGCAUCUCUAUGAACAACAGUACAGCCACCAGCAAACCCCCUGUGACCCUGCGUAUUGUUGUGCCAGCAAGUCAGUGUGGGUCCCUCAUUGGCAAAGGUGGCUGCAAGAUUAAAGAAAUACGAGAGUCAACUGGUGCCCAAGUGCAGGUUGCAGGAGAUAUGCUGCCAAACUCCACAGAGCGGGCCAUAACCAUCGCUGGCACCCCACAAUCCAUCAUUGAGUGUGUCAAGCAGAUCUGUGUAGUAAUGCUUGAGUCUCCUCCGAAAGGUGUGACCAUCCCAUACAGGCCCAAGCCAUCUGGCUCCCCUAUGAUCUUCGCUGGAGGACAGGCAUAUGCCAUUCAAGGACAACAUGUGAUCCCCCAACCUGAUCUUACUAAACUUCACCAACUAGCUAUGCAGCAGAGUCCCUUCCAGAUGACAUCUAGCAACCAAGGUUUUACAGCUACACUAGAUGCCUCUGCCCAAGCGGCUUCCCACGAGAUGACCAUUCCAAAUGAUUUAAUUGGAUGCAUCAUUGGCCGGCAAGGAACGAAGAUAAAUGAGAUCAGGCAGAUGUCAGGAGCUCAGAUUAAGAUCACUAAUCCCUUGGAAGGAUUUUCUGACCGUCAAGUCACCAUAACUGGCUCAACAGCCAGCAUCAGUCUAGCCGAGUACCUCAUCAAUGCCAGCAGGUAAACAAUAUGGACCUUUUCUGCCGUCUCUACCUUUUUUCCAAGGGCUUUCAUCUGAGGCUACGGGACUGGCGACCAUCUGAUACAUGAAUGCAUCUGGCCUAGGUCCUACUUUUUACCACCAACUCUGAACACAGGAAACAAGAGCUGUCAGUGUGUCAUUUAAUACUAGCCAUAAUCCUUGCUCUUUUUAUUUUUUAUUUCUGUAUUCAGUAUGAAUUAUUGUUGAAAUUAUAUUUGCGUUGCAACUUUAGAGUGAACUUUUUUGUUUGGAAAUUUCAUUCUCCCUAUCUAUGACAAAAAAAAGCUUGGAUGGAACAUCUGAGUAGGUAUAGAUAUAGUUUUGUAAUUUGAUUGACAUUUUUCCUUAUUAAAGUCAAUUAAAAUAAACAUUUAUUUUAAAUACAUCCAAUCACUGAAUUUACUUCUUCCUGCUGAUAGCAGAGGAUGGAAAUUUGUAAAUAUAAUUUGCAAAGAAGAAAAUGCACACUGGUUUAUUGUGAAGAUUGAAGAGUGCGUGUAGGCUGCUUCUGUUUCGUUCCAAGGACAUCUGGGGAGAUCAGUAAUGAAUGUUUUUAAUAUAAUUUGUUUAGUUCCGUGUUAAAAUUAAUAACUGUCUCUAAAACCUGACGUUACAAAGGUUGCUUGAAAAUCGGCUCAUUAAAUGAGCCUGCUAUGAAAGCACUGUUUUCCAAUCUAAAACCAUCAUGUGUGUGUGUAUAUAUAUAUAUAUAUAUAUAUAUAUAUAUAUAUAUAUGAUCACAUCUUUUAAUCAGUUAAAACUAAUAGAAGUUGACUAAACAAUCAUCAGUAUAUUCAGUAUGUUCACUCUUUGUACCUUUCAAACUAUCAAAAAACUUUUACCUUUAUUUUAAGUGUUUUUUUGUCAUCUAACUUUUUUUUGGUGGUAAUAAAGCUUCUGCUUAGGGUUGGACUGUGAUGACACUGCUUAUAAUUCUCCUCUGAAGAAAAUGAGCUGUGUAUUAAUUUGUUACAUUUUUGUAAACACAACUGGUUGGAAUAUUUAUUAUAAAAGAAAUGAAGGGGUGUUAUACAUGCUGUACUGUGCAAAAGUCAGUCUUAGGCAGUCACAAAAGUUCAUACGUGUGUGUAUGUGUGUGUACACUACUCACAAAAAGUUAGGGAUAUUUGGCUUUUGGGUGAAAUUUCAGGAUGAACCUAAAAUGCACUGUAACCUUUACAGGUGACCUUAAUGUGACCUCUAAACUUCUGAAUAUCCAACUGUUCAGUGUUUCAGUACUUUCUGCACAACUUGCUGUUCUCUAACAAGGGGCUUAACAGCAAGGUGAUGGAGUUACAGUGUGGGCAGGUGUGUCUAGUCAAUACAGAACUGCCCUAGACUUUGUGAAUGGUACAGUGACAAGUCCAUACUACUUGAAUAACAUCAUUAAUCCAGUCAUUGUGCCUCUGUAUGAACAGCACAGGCCUAGUUUCAUCUUCAUGGACAACAAUGCUCCAGCUCAGGUCGCAUUGUUGGGGAACGGCUGCUGAAGACUGGGGUACCUCAAAUGUAGUGGCCUGCACUUUCUCCGGACCCGAAUCCCAUAGAAAACCUAUGAGAUUAAACAGAGUUGCCAUUUAGAGGCUAGUAACUCUGUACCCCAGAAUCUCAAUGACCUGAGGGCCGCCCUUCAAGAAGAGUGGGAUGCCAUGCCUCAACAGACAAUGAGUCACCAUGAGACGUUGUUGUCAAGCUGUAAUUGAUGCUCAAGGGCACAAGUUAUUGAGACAUUGACAAUUUUUGUUGGGGUAUACCCAACACUGUUAGCUUUUGUUUCAAUAAAUUGUUUGAGAUGAGGAAAUCACCAUAGCAUGCUUCUACUUAAAUGCCCUACUUUCAUGAUACAUCACUGUAGUGUGAACUUUUUACGUUUUCCAUAAAUUUCACCCAAAAGCCAAAUAUCCUUAAC